UAAAAGCCGGUAAGAAUUGGAAGAUCCGCCCAAGAACACCCUAAGCUGCCAGCAUUUUCUAUUGGAUCCCAAAGCAGUUAGAGAGAGAAAGAGAGAGAGAGAAAAAAAAAACAUAUUUCGGAAACUUUGAGGAAUUUUUUUAUUAGAAAAAAGGGACAUGGAGAUUCUCGUCUUCCAAUGAUCCCUUCAUUCCUACAAAUUUUCCUGUUUGUUUUUUUGGUGUCACAGCUUGAUUCUCAAUUGCUGUGAUCCCAAACAACAUCAAAACUUCUCUUUCUUUCUCUCUCUCCUCUUUUGCAUUCUCCUUUUUCAUUGCACAAGGAGGAUAAUUCCACGAACCCCAAUACAAAAUUUCAGAUUUUAAAGGCGAUUCUGAUUCAGGGUCGACCCUUGAUUUGGGUUUUUAUGGGGUUUGUGAAUAUUAUAGGCCAAUUUUGGUGACACACGUGUGAUUGUGCUGCCAUGAUUGGGAAUAGAAGUCAGCAAUUUGGGUCUUCUCCUUCUGAAGGUGGGCCCCACAAUAUGAAACCAAGGAGGCUCUAUCAAGUUUGGAGAGGAGGCAAUAAGUUUCUCUGUGGUGGGAGACUGGUUUUCGGUCCUGAUGUAGCUUCUUUGUUUCUUACAUCAUUCCUAAUUGUUGGACCUGCAAUAACAUUUUGUGUUAAGAUAUAUCUUGAAGCCAAGAAGGAGAAGGCCGGGGAUCACGUUUUUUGGUGUCCUGUAAUGAUUGUGGGUUUAGUUCUAACUGUUCUGGAUUUAAUAUUCCUCCUCUUGACUUCUGGGAGAGAUCCUGGCAUUAUCCCCAGAAAUUUAACACCUCCUGAAUUUGAUGAGGCGUUUAAUAUACCUACUCCUUCGAUGGAGUGGAUUAAUGGUUCGACCCCUCAUCUGAAACUACCUCGAACUAAAGAUGUAAUUGUUAAUGGUCAUACAGUUAAAGUGAAGUUCUGUGAUACAUGCUUGCUUUAUCGACCCCCUCGUACUUCUCAUUGUUCUAUAUGCAACAACUGUGUCCAGAGAUUCGAUCAUCACUGCCCCUGGGUUGGUCAGUGCAUUGGAAUACGAAACUAUCGGUUCUUCUUCAUGUUUAUUUCAACAUCAACCAUUUUGUGCCUAUAUGUCUUUGUGUUCUCUUGGAUCAAUCUUGCCCAGACUGAUGCUUGGGACGCGAUCUCACAUGAUUAUGUAUCAGAUUUUCUCAUUGUAUAUUGCUUCAUUGCUGUUUGGUUUGUUGGUGGCCUCACAGCUUUCCAUUUCUAUCUCAUUUGUACAAACCAGACAACUUAUGAGAACUUCCGUUACCAAUAUGAUAAAAAAGGGAACCCAUACAAUAAUGGAUCACUGAGAAAUAUUGGAGAAACACUUUGUUCCAGGACUCCUGCUUCGAAGAAUAAUUUCCGAUCAUUUGUACAACAGGAUGAACAUAUGAUGGUUGGGUCUUUGACUCCGAACAUUGCGAACGAACUUUUGACUCCAAAGGAGAAAAUUGAUGUUGAAAUGGGAUCUAUGCGCACAGACGAUGGUGGUUUUCCAAUUCCUGAACUUCUGCGAAAUUUUAAUUUUGAUGAUUUUGAGGAUGACAUGAAGUUUGCAGAUGAGGAGGGACACACUUCAUUUGAUCCAUUCUACAGUGUUGAGGAAAACAUAAAAGACUCAGCCAGAACAUCUGUUGCUACAGUUUUAAAUUUCCAUAGUAUCACAAUUGAAGAUGGAGCGGAUGAGUCUGUUCAUAGCUGCCAUGCUGGAUUCGAAGUCAAAGAACUUGAAAUUGAAGAAUCUACCAAUGCAACUAAAGAAACUGAUGACAGGAAUGACUCACGUUAAGCCAAAAUGCCAACUUUUUCUCAUUAAUACAGAGGUUUAUUGCAGGUCCUCUCUUUGAUUACUUGUUUGCCUUGAAGUAGAUAUGGAGGAUAGUUUUCUUCCAUAUUGGUUUUGCUGCAAUUAGUGGUUUGGAAGAAAAAUUCCCAAUAUGCAGGAUUCAUGCAAGUUCAUUGAUGCUAUUCAUGCUGGAAUUGGAGGAAUGACCUUGCACUCCCUCCCUCCCUCUCUCUCAUUUUAGUAUAAAAAUUUGGCAAGUGUUUGUUGUAUGAUGUAAAUUCCACUUGCAUUCAAAAUAAUGCAGAAAGAUUGUUUGGCUAAGUUUUUGUGAUAGGUGGCACUGUUCUAGAUGUGCCUAUUUCUUCAACUCAGUUCCUUGUUAAAAUUCUAUUCUAGAGUGAUUGAUUUUUUAAUUUAUUAUUACUAGAUGUUUUGAAUUUC